AUGAAGGGGCUGCUAGUUCUGGGCUUGGGCUUGGUGGCCCUGGCUGCGGCUAGCGAAUUGACGCUGCAGGAGAGGGUGGUGGACUUGGUGCUGGAGGCUUUUCACAACAGGAAAGUCGUGCAAUGGGUGUACAAGAAACAGGCCAUGGAAGACGUCACUGAAACAGAGUAUCCGGCGGGGCCCUUUGUGCGGCUGCGGGUCAAGCUCCAGCAGACCCAGUGCCCGAACCAGCCGGGGAGCAGACAGGACUGUGCCCUCAAACGCAGAGGGAGGAAGCAGAUCUGCCUGGCUUGUGUCAAGUUUGACUCCCGCAGUGGGGGAAAGGUGCUGGAUAGGUACAUUCACUGCAGGACGGAGAAGCAGCAGCCUGAGACGGAGACAGAGACAACGAGACAUGAGGAGGCGUGCAGCACUGUGCAGGAGACGGGCGAAGCGCCCUACCAUCCCGGUGUCUUUGCCUUCUCCAGAGGGCUGCCGUCGUAG